CUCAGCAGCUUUAAAGAGGAGAGUCUGAACAGUGCAAACCAGCCAGGAAGCUGACGCUGGAGUCAAAGAAGGCAAACACAAUGCUAGAUUGAUGAGGAGCACGCAGAAGAACUAGUGGGGAUGGAAAGUCUGAAAAGUGACGAAGUAGGACCCCCUAACCUGGCUGAACGGGCUUCAUUGUGGCAGUCCAUAAAAUAGAAGGAUGGGAGGAGGAAAAUCACAGCAACUUUGCCCCUGGAGUCUAAUGGGGCUCUUCAUUUCUCUGCUCCCUGCAAAGCUUGGAUGGCAGUGAGAGGAUCUUCAUCUUCUGUUCGCUGCAUGUCAAGGAAUGUUAUCAGGUAAGAGAGGAGUGACUCUAAAACACCACAAAAGGUAAGAAUGAAACUUAACGAAAAGUCUCUUCUCCCCCCCUCCCCUCCCUUUAGUAUUCUUUUCAUUUGGGAAGUUUGCUUUCCGAUGUCACACAGGCAUGUAAGUUUGGUGAUUAAGGGGGCAUACAUCAGAUAGAUUGGGAACAUUUUCAUGUUUGGAAUUGAUUUGUGAAUACAUCAACUAAGCUUAAAAUGCAUUUGAGGAAUAAGGGGUUUUUUGGCAGUGACUGCAUCCCUUAAGUGCAAAUGAAUUUUUGGCUGGCAUGGAUGGGCUAUCAGUCUCUUCAUUGUCAUCAGACCUUUUCAGUGCCACCAGUUAUUUUGGAAUAUCAUUAUACCAUGGCUGGGCUUUUUUCAUCUUUGUUAACCUGCAGUAUAAUCUGAAGAAAAAUCCAUAGACUGAGGAGAUAUGGCAAAUUUGUCUGAGGAAGGAGAACUGAACAUCACUUUCUAUGGAACAAGCAAAUCCUGCUGCAUCAACAAUGCUACAAACAAUAACUUCACAUCCUAUGAACAGUCUCCAGACUUCUAUGUGAUCAUCCCUGUGAUUUACUCGGUGAUCUGUGCCAUGGGUCUGACAGGCAACACGGCCGUCAUCUAUGUGAUCCUAAAAGCUCCAAAGAUGAAGACAGUAACCAACAUGUUCAUCCUUAACUUAGCCAUAGCAGAUGACUUGUUUACGCUGGUCUUGCCCAUUAACAUUGCUGAACAUCUCCUCCAUUACUGGCCCUUUGGGGAGAUCCUUUGCAAGGUCAUCCUGUCCAUUGACCACUACAAUAUAUUCUCCAGCAUCUAUUUCCUGACUGUGAUGAGCAUAGAUAGAUACUUAGUGGUCCUGGCUACCAUCAGGUCUAAACGGAUGCCUCAUCGUACCUACCGGGCAGCCCGCAUUAUCAGUGUUGGCAUUUGGUUCCUUGUGACUAUCAUUGUCUCCCCUUUUUUUGUCUUUGCCAAUGUCUACAAAGAUGGCUUAAACAUCACAAGCUGUGGGCUCAAUUUCCCCACACCUGAGAGGUUUUGGUUCAAAGCUAGCAGGAUCUACACUCUCAUCUUGGGCUUUGCCAUCCCUGUGUCAACCUUCUGCAUCCUUUAUAUUAUGAUGUUAUACAAACUGAGGAACACCCGUUUGAACUCAAAUGCUAAAGCUCUUGACAAAGCCAAAAAGAAAGUCACCAUCAUGGUUUUCAUUGUUUUAGCUGUAUGCCUUUUCUGCUGGACACCAUUUCAUCUGGCCACCAUUGUGGCUUUGACCACGGAUGUGCCCCAGACUCCAGUGGUCAUAGGCAUCUCCUACUUCAUCACCAGCCUGAGCUAUGCCAACUCUUGCUUAAAUCCAUUCUUGUAUGCCUUCCUGGAUGACAGCUUUCAGAAAAGUUUCCGGAAGAUGUUGGAAUGUAGAGCUGCUUAAAAUAUGUGUGAUUCCCAAAUUUUGCUUAAAGAGACCUUUGCAUGUGUGUGUGUGUGUGUGUGUAUGUGUGUGUGCUGAAUGAACUUUACUGCUGUAUAUUGUUUAAUUUUAUUUUUGUUUGCAAGUGGUUAACCCGUCUUUUUAAUAAUUUUAAUAAUUUGUGAUUCCUUUUACGUCAUUAGAAUGGCUAAUAUAUGUUGCUUAAUAUUUGUUGCUGAAAAGGAAAGCAAGAAAGAACUUGAACCUGCAGAAAUGUCUUUUUGUGUGUCCUAGUCUACAUCUUCCCCCUGGUGGAGAAUAAUAAAAUAACUGACUGAAUAAAAAGCAUGAAAACAGA